AGCGACCCGUAGAAACAGUCUCUCAAUCAUUCACAGCUGAAACAUGCCACCAAAGAAAGCAGUUAAGGAAGAAAAGAUUCUUUUGGGUCGUCCCUCCAACAAUCUUAAGAUUGGUGUCGUUGGUCUUCCCAACGUCGGUAAAUCCACCUUCUUCAACGCCAUCACCAACUCUGCCGCCGCUGCUGAGAACUAUCCUUUCUGUACCAUUGAUCCCGAGGAAUCUCGAGUUGCUGUUCCCGAUGCUCGUUUCGAUUGGCUUUGCAAGCACUACAAGCCUGCCAAGGAGAUCCCUGCUUACUUGACCGUCAUCGAUAUUGCUGGUUUGGUCAAGGGAGCUGCUUCCGGUGCUGGUUUGGGUAAUGCUUUCUUGUCCCAUGUCAAGGCUGUUGAUGCCAUCUACCACGUCAUUCGUGCUUUCGAUGAGCCCGAUGUCAUCCACGUUGAAGGUGAACUUGAUCCCCUUCGUGACGUCGAGAUCAUUCGUGAAGAACUUCGUUUGAAGGAUGAGGAGUUCUUGCAAAAGCAGGUUGCUGAGCGAGAGAGAGAUGUCAAGCGUCUCGGAAACGGUGGUAAUGCCGCUGACAAGGCCAAGAAGGAAGAAUAUGAAAUCAUCAACAAGGUCUACAAGUGGGUUGCCGAGGACAAGAAGGAUGUCCGUCACGGUGUUUGGUCCAACAAGGAAGUUGAUGUCAUCAACACUAUGCACCUUAUCACUGCCAAGCCUGUCAUCUAUCUCGCCAACUUGAGCGAGAAGGAUUACCGUCGCAAGAAGAACAAGUGGUUGCCCAAGAUCAAGGCAUGGAUUGAUGAGAAUACUCCUGGUGACUUGAUGAUUCCAUUCUCUGUCGCCUUCGAAUACGCAUUGUCUCUCCAGAGCCCUGAGGAGAAGGAAGAGACCUUGAAGGAAGCUGGUGUUCCUUCCAUGCUUCCCAAGAUCAUUGUUGCUGGAUACAGCGCUUUGCAAUUGGUUUACUACUUCACUGGUGGUCCUGAUGAAGUCCGAGCAUGGACUAUUCGCAAGCACACCAAGGCUCCUCAAGCUGCUGGUGUCAUUCACACUGAUUUCGAGCGUGGUUUCAUCAUGGCUGAAGUUAUGAAGUAUGAUGACCUUAAGGAAGCAGGAACUGAUGCUGCUGUCAAGGCUGCUGGCAAGUACAUGCAAAAGGGCAAGGAAUAUGUUGUUGAUGAUGGUGAUAUCAUCUACUUCAAGUUCAACGUCACUGCCCCCGCCAAGAAGAAAUAGAUCGAUCAAUAUUCCCCUCCACUUUCUCUCCACCCGCCUUUUUUUCUUAUCACUGCAAUAUGCUGGUUUCAUUCAAUAUUAACGGGAUCGCAUUUACAAUUCAAAAAAGUGAAAAAGAUUCUAGAAUUGGCAAAACACAUACAAUAAAUGUUGAUACUGUCCAUCUACCAGCCUCGCUAGUGAAAAGAUCGUCGACCUGCUACGAACUUGGCUGCUUUUUCAAUGUGCAAAGC